GUCCACUGAUCAUGUGACGAGGGCGGGCUGCGUCACAAAGCCGCCGUGAAGCUGCGUUGGGCGGCGCCAUUUACUCUUUUCCCCAUUCGUCUCAGCACCGGCACAUCCUCAGAUCCAGACCCACAGGUCAGAUAUGGCGGAAGGAGAACCUCAGGUCCAGUUUAAGCUGGUGCUGGUAGGUGAUGGAGGUACAGGGAAGACCACCUUUGUGAAAAGACAUUUAACAGGAGAGUUUGAGAAGAAAUAUGUGGCCACCUUGGGUGUGGAGGUACAUCCCCUGGUCUUCCACACCAACCGAGGGGCUAUCAAGUUCAACGUUUGGGACACAGCUGGACAGGAGAAGUUUGGAGGCCUCAGAGAUGGCUACUAUAUACAGGCUCAGUGUGCCAUCAUCAUGUUCGAUGUGACUUCACGGGUCACCUACAAGAAUGUGCCCAACUGGCACCGUGACCUGGUGCGUGUCUGCGAGAACAUUCCCAUCGUACUUUGCGGAAACAAGGUGGACAUCAAGGACAGGAAGGUCAAGGCCAAGAGCAUCGUCUUCCACCGCAAAAAGAACCUGCAGUACUAUGACAUCUCCGCCAAGAGCAACUACAACUUCGAGAAGCCCUUCCUGUGGCUGGCAAGGAAGUUGAUUGGUGACCCCAACCUCGAGUUUGUUGCCAUGCCAGCGCUUGCCCCCCCUGAGGUGGCCAUGGACCCCUCACUCGCUGCACAGUACGAGCACGAUCUCAAGGUGGCAUCUGAAACGGCACUCCCAGAUGAAGAUGACGACCUCUAACCUGUGACCUCGCAACCUCUGUAUGUGGCAGGAGUGACCACAGAUUCUGUGGUUGACCUUUAACCUUUUACUGUACAACCCCAUUGCCGAUUGUUUUUUUGUUUAUUAUUUGUUUUUGAACGUAUGAUGUCCUGUUGAAGAGAUGCUAUGUGCACGUGUGAUGCAUUGUGAGACGGACACACAUUUGCAACAAAGGACUCGGUAUCAGUUUACUGAAAUACAGAAGCUGAAUGGACACACUUAGUGUCUGAAUUAAAUCUGUCUGAAUAUG